AUGUCCUCUGGCUGGGGUGCUCAGGAUGCCUCUGGCUCCGGCUGGGGCUCUGCUCAACAGCAGAACAACGGAGCAUUCGACACGGGCACCAUGGCGAACGCCCUGCCUGAUGCCAACGUUGACUCUGGUGGUCCUCAUACCGAUGGCCCGGCAGCUCAGGCUGCCGAUGAUGGCUCUGCUACCGAGGGCAACGUCAGCGGUGGAUGGGCGCCAUCCCAGAAGUACGACUACGACCAGUAUGCUGAUUCCCGUGGCGGCGAUUUUGACGGAAACAAGCGCGUUUAUCACUGGGACGGUGAGGAGGGAGACAUCGGACCUGAGUUCCCCGAGCUCGAGGAGGAGCUUUUUGGUCCUGCCGACAAGCGUGAGCUGCCAUCGGGCAUCGAUUUCAACAGCAUGGCUCCUGUGGACCUUGAGAUGGAGGGUCCUGUUCAGAUCCACCCCAUUGAGAAGUUCAGCGAUGCUGGUCUGCACCCGGCAAUGAUGAAGAACAUUGAGAUGUCGCUGUACAACGUGCCAACCCCAAUUCAGAAAUACUGCAUUCCAGCUAUUUCUCGUGGUCACGAUGUCAUUGGCAUCGCUCAAACUGGUUCUGGCAAGACCGCGGCCUACCUUAUCCCCAUCCUGAACAAGCUCAUGGGAAAGGCGAAGAAACUUGCUGCUCCGCGUCCCAACCCGGCCACCUACCAGCCAGGCAUCGACCCGCCUGUCCGUGCCGAGCCACUCGUCUGCAUCGUGGUUCCAACACGUGAGCUUGCCAUCCAGAUCUUCAUGGAGGCUCGCAAGUUCUGUUACCGGAGCAUGCUGCGCCCCUGCGUGAUCUAUGGUGGUGGUCCCAUUCGGGACCAGAUUGACCAGCUCAGUAAGGGCUGCGAUAUCCUUGUUGCGUCGCCCGGCCGUCUCCUGGAUUUCAUCGAUCGGCCACAGAAUUUGACUCUCCGUCGUCUCAAAUUCAUGGUUAUUGAUGAGGCUGAUGAGAUGCUACAUGACGACUGGAGGGAGGAUUUUGGACGGAUCCUCGGUGGUGGUGAGCAGGAAGAGGGAAACAUCCAGUACCUCCUCUUCUCUGCUACCUUUCCCAAGCGUGUUCGAGAGCUCGCAAUGACUCAUCUUGCCACUGAGCACGUGCGAUUCCGCGUCGGUCGUGCAGGACGUGCGAACGACAACAUCGUCCAGAGUGUUGUGCAGACUGAUCCUUCUAUGAAGCGUCAGGCCAUGUAUGACCUCCUUCACUCGAUGCCUCCCGCGCGUACUCUUAUCUUUGUGAACAACAAGCGCACUGCGGACGAGCUGGAUGAUUUUCUGUUCAACCGCGGCCUGCCCUGCACCUCGAUUCAUGCAGACCGUACCCAGCUGGAGCGCGAGGAUGCCAUGCGCGCCUUUCGCAAAGGUACUAUGCCCAUUAUGAUUGCCACUGGUGUGUCUGCUCGUGGCAUUGAUGUCCGCAAUGUCUGCCACGUCAUCAACUUUGACCUUCCCAGCAACGAUCAUGGUGGUAUCGAGGAGUACACCCACCGCAUCGGUCGCACCGGUCGCAUCGGCAACCGAGGUUUGGCCACCUCGUUCUACACGGAGCGAGAUGAGCCCCUGGCUCCGGUCCUGGUUCGAACUCUCCUGGAGACCAAGCAGACCGUCCCGGAGUUCCUUCAGCAGUUUAUGCCUGAGGGCGAGGAGCUUGAGAACCUUCAGUUCCCCUCGGAGCAGGAUGACGAUUUGGGUGGCAUGGACGCGGGCGCCUGGGGCGACAACGCUGGCGGUGACUCCGGCGACGCCUGGGGAGGUGCGACUGAGACUUCUACCGCAGGAGUUGAGGCCGGAAAUACCUGGGGAGCAGAUGCCAAUACUUCUGCGGCUGCUUCUUCUGGCUGGGAGGCUGGAGGUGCCUCCACUGGCGGUGGCGGCUGGUAA